GUUUUGGUUUUCAGAAAAACGAUUUCAUAUGCAAUAUCAGCAAACCAAACUCGUCGUUCUUUUUUCUUCUCUCUCGCUAUAAACAGAAAUCUUUGUUUUUAAUAUUAACUUUCUCAAUCUAGAGAUUUUCUUUUGUGUGGUUGUUUUUUUGGAUUUUUCUUGAUUUGUUAUUAAUUUUUUAUUUAUAGAUUUGAUUUUUUGUUACAUAUGAGAGCAUGAGCUGGUUUGACAAGUUACGUUCUACAUCGAAUUCAAGCCUUUUUAUGAUUGGGCUUUUAAUUUUCAUUCUUUAUCAUUCAUUCUUACUAUUGAUUUCAAAUAAUAGUAAUAAUAUCAUUUUUAUAAAACCCUAAAUUGGAUUUCUCAUAUUCAUUGAUUUCUCUUCAUAAUUCUUAUUCUUUCUUCUUCUUUCAAUAACCAAACAAUCAAGGGAAUCUUUCAUACAUUUUUUUUUCUUCAUAUUUUUCUUGUGUUGAUUACAAUGGAGCAAAAGGAUUCUCUCUUCAACAAUGACAACAAUAAUAACAAUGUGGAUGGUACUUUUUUCUCACAUACCGAUAGGCAACCUUCCCCUCCUUCCGUCAUUGUGGUAGGUGGUGGCAUAUCGGGAAUUGCAGCUGCUCGUGCCCUUCGCGAUGCAUCUUUUAAGGUACUCUUGUUGGAAUCAAGAGAUAGAAUUGGUGGUCGAAUUCAUACGGACUACUCACUUGGUUGUCCCAUCGACUUGGGAGCAUCAUGGUUACACGGUGUUUGCAAUGAGAACUCCCUGGCUCCACUUAUACGUGGCCUAGGGCUUACGUUAUACCGUACUAGUGAUGAUGACUCGGUGCUGUAUGACCAUGAUUUAGAAAGCUAUGUGCUUUUUGAUAUGGAGGGGAAUCAAAUUCCUCAGCAGCUGGUAAUGGAAGUUGGAAAUAUAUUUAGGACAAUUUUGAAAGAGACAGAAAAAGUUAGAAAUGAAAGUGUGGAUGACAUGUCUGUUCUAAAGGCUAUUUUGAUUGUUCUGGAUAAGAACCCAGAUUUGAGACUAGAAGGUCUUGCCCACGAAGUCCUGCAAUGGUACUUAUGUAGAAUGGAAGCAUGGUUUGCUGCAGAUGCAGACAAGAUAUCAUUGAAAAACUGGGACCAGGAGGAUGUUCUAACUGGUGGUCAUGGACUUAUGGUGGAGGGAUAUUAUCCCGUGGUAAAAGCGCUUGCGAAAGACAUUGACAUUUGCUUGAAUCACAGGGUUACAAAGAUAUCUAGUGGCUGUAGUAAAGUGGAACUGACUUUAGAAGAUGGGAGAAAUCUUAUUGCGGAUGCUGCCAUAAUCACAGUACCCCAUGGAGUUCUCAAAGCUGAACUUAUUGAGUUUGAGCCGAAGCUACCUAAGUGGAAAGCAGAUGCCAUUUCUGAUCUUGGUGUUGGUAACGAGAACAAGAUUGCAUUGCUUUUUGACACAGUCUUUUGGCCGAACGUAGAGUUUUUAGGCGUUGUUGCACCAACAUCAUAUGCAUGUGGUUAUUUUCUCAAUCUACACAAGGCAACAGGCAACCCUGUCCUAGUCUAUAUGGCAGCUGGAACAUUUGCUGACGACAUACAGAAAUUCUCCGAUGAGGCUGCGGCCAAUUUUGUGAUGUCGCAGCUCAAGAAAAUGCUACCUGACGCAACAGAGCCGGUACAGUACCUUGUAUCGCGCUGGGGAAGUGACCCAAAUUCGCUUGGUUCUUACACUUAUGACUUGGUGGGAAAGCCUGCUGAUUUGUACGAGAGGCUUAAGGCUCCAGUAGGUAGUCUCUUCUUCGGAGGGGAGGCUGUUAGUACGGACCAUUCCGGUUCAGUACAUGGUGCUUACUCGGCAGGAUUGCAGGCUGCAGAAGAUUGCCGAAGGUAUCUUUUAGAGCGACUGGGUAACUUGGAAGUCUUUCAGCUCAUUUCUUCAAGGGAAGAUGUCAUUGAAUCAAUGGUUCCUCUCCAAAUCUCCAGAAUGUGAAAGAGCUCUUUUUGUUAUUGGAAGAUGGGAACUAUUUAACUUUAAUGAAAUAGCCAAAUUACAGGAAUUAUGGAUUUUACUUUUACCCUGAUCAUUGAUUUAGGCAAUUUUUUUACUUCGCCUCUGUUGGAUUGUUAACAAAUAUCUACAAAGAUGAAAUAACUCUGGAGAGAUACUGACAAUCAAUGAGUUGACGAGUUUACAACAGUCUGGCGACUGAUUUUAUGUGCUAGAAAACAAUUUUCUUA